CACGGCAAUUAGCGCCAGCGGGUAUUUAAUGGCAGGUAAGGCGGGUUGGCCGGCACAGUCCGGGCACGGGGAGACACGGAGCAGGGCCAGGGCACGCAGCGCUGGGGCAUCGCCCGAGGUGGAGAGAUGAGAGCACCCUACUCGCUGUCCUGCCUCUUCCUCCUGAGCCUGGGGGCCUGCUUCCCCCCCAGCGAGCGGCAGGAGCCAGCAGACCCCGGGAAAGGGACCUCGCUCGAGCCCAGCUGGCAAGCGGCGGCCGAGGGCUGGGGUGCCGGCUGGAGGGCAGGAGCGAAGCGGAGGCGAAGCGAGGAGCUGAGCACGCUGCUGGGCAUCGCCCGGGAGCUGCGGGGCUACGGCAAGGAGGGGGCCGGGCAGCGGCUGGGCAGGCAGGGGGGCUCCGGGCUGCUGCCGGCGGGAGGGGAGAAGCGCAGCGGCACGCUGGGGAACCUGGCCGAGGAGCUCAACGGCUACAACAGGAAAAAAGGGGGCUUCACCUUCCGCUUUGGGAGAUGAAGGCCUGGACUCAAUCCCCCAGCUCCUGCGGGUCGCCCCAUCCCAUCCUUCCCUUCCAUCUCACCUAGGUUUGCUCUGACAAAAGGGUA